AUUUGCUGGUUCUGGCGGUUUAUUCUAGUAACGCUGAAGAGAAGUGACGGAUGUCACUCAAAACGUCCGAAAGUAAUCUCUACAUCUCAUCCAGUUGUAGAGAUUGAAUUGUCUUUAACUAAUGCUGCAACUGUUUCUGCCACUCUAUUAGUCGUCCUUGUGUCAAACUUGACCAGACUAAAAACAUGUGGUUGUGGACACUAGCGUUGGUCAGUUCGGUCGCUUGUUGUCUGCUAUUCAGUGGCGUUUCUUCCCAAACACUUUGCGAACGCCUGGAUGGUGAUAGUGGGACGUUCAACAGCUCCAACUACCCAAACAACUACCCUGACGACCACGAUUGUCGGUACGAGAUAUCCGUCACUCCGCCGAACGUCGUCCGACUUACCUUCCUGGAUUUUGACGUUGAAGACAACUAUGAUUACGUCUACGUGUAUGCCGGGAACACAACUGAAUCCAAAUUUCAGAUAGCCAAGCUGACUGGGUCAAGCACACCCGGACCAGUGACGUCAUCAGGGAGCGUCAUGACUAUCCGACUGGUCUCUGAUAGGUCACAAAACGGGAAGGGAUUUCGGGCCAACUUCACAGCGGAAGAUAAAGUAUACGCAGCGUGCAAGGUUGGCCAGUACCGGUGCGAUGACGGAGUGACCUGUAUACACGCCUGGAAACGGUGCGACGGUAACAAUGACUGCAUGGACGGCAGCGACGAGGGCCCCGGGAAUUGUGCAUGCCAAGAUCUUCCACCACUAAGCUAUUGCAGAGGACUUGAGUACCAAAAAAUGACACUUCCUAACCCGCUCAACUACAACCACGCCACGGUAGCCCAGGUUAGAAACUCAGCAGUCUUCAUGAACCUCACCGCCCUAGCGGAGUCGGACUGUCACCCCCGGGUCAGAGACCUGGUCUGCGCCACCAUUCUUCCGCGCUGUGAGACCAGACCGACCCUGAGACAGCAGCUACCCUGCCGGUCAUGGUGUGAAGAGGUGAAGUACUCGUGUAAAGACCAAGCUUCCUGGGCUGUCUUCCCGAGCUGCGAGAUCUUCCCUUACACCAACUGUAACAACAUCCAGACGUCAACGACUCCAGAGGGUGCGGAGUGUUUCGAUGGGAAUGGUGUGAAUUACAGAGGAAACGUAUCAAGAGAUCCCAUAGCGAAGGUAAACUGUGAACCAUGGAAGGAUGACCCAGCCCACGUGAGAGCGCAUCCAUGGGCAAACCUCGUGGGAAACAAAUGCCGCAACCCUGACGUUGAUGAGGACAGGCCGUGGUGUUUCACUCCGAGUGGAUUUGAGUACUGCGACAUCAUUCCCUGCCAGAAGGAAGGGUGCAAAGAUCCGGGAAGCCCUCGCGGCGGAAAGCGGAGCCCCAUUCUGAAGUUCUACUGGCCUGGAGACAAGAUUACGUACACCUGUAACCCAGGGUUCAAGCUGAAGAAAGACUCCCCGCCCAACACUGCCCGGUGUGUCGUUAUUGAUAACGUAACAGGACUGGCCGACUGGGACACACCAAAAGCUCAAUGUGAAGUGGACCAAACCUUCAGGCUCCAGAAGGAGCUUCUGGACUCAGAUGUAUACAGCAAGGCGGCAUCUCCAACAAAUAGUUUGAAAAUAAAGGCAUAUGUUGUCAACGUCAUCAACUUGAAUGAAAAAGAAGAAACGAUAUUAGCUUCUAUCAAAGCUGAAUACACGUGGACAGACUCGCGACUGACAUGGAGCAGUAAAGAAUACGGGCAGUUAGACAGUAUCUUCACACUUGACGAUCAAGUCUGGAAGCCAACUUUGACACUUGAGAGAAAUGCUAAUACAGACUACAGCGGCGGGUUCCCUGCAUCAGAGGUGGAAAUAAAGAACACAGGGGGGGUCACCUGGCCCGUAGAGACUUUGACUACCACCACUUGUACACUGGACCCAUUCUUCUUCCCACAAGACAACAUGACAUGUGCAGUGUGCUGGAGAGCUGGGCAAGAGUACACUAUAGACUGUUCGGAUUCCACAACACACACAGACGGGAACUUCCUGACCUGCCAGAUUGCCGAGGCCAAACUUGUCACCGGACAGUGGCACGGAAAAACAACCCUUUCCGCCGUCAACAACACGGCCUGUCUGACUAUGACUCUCCAGCGGAACCCAACUUUUCAUUACUCCACAACCAUCUCUCCCUGUCUGAUUCUCAUUAUCCUCAUGAUCAUCACUUUCAUCAUGCCCAGUGACAAAGGCGACAAGAUUGCGUUCGGCGUGACCGUGCUGCUGUCUAUGGUGGUGUCACUAGUGGUCGUGACAGGCUUCCUGCCCGUGUCAUCUUCCCUACCAUUCAUCGCUUUGCUCAUCAUCGUGUGCAUGGCUCUGAUGGGGUUUUUCCUGAUGACCACUGUGUUUAUUCUCAUCCUUCACGACAAGAAGGGACCCCUUCCCGAGUGGGCAAGGACACUCUUCUUGAAGCACCUUGCAAGGGCCAUAUUGAUGGGAGACUUGACUAAAAACCUGGAACCAGAACGGCCAUCACGUCACAUCGUCAGCAGAAAAGUAGGAGACAUCGAAGGGAAUACCAACAAAUCCUUCAAGACGGAGAAAGACGAUCUUCCUAAGGGAGGAAACAACCAUAGUGGGUUUGAGGCCACCCUUAGUGGUUUGCAGGGAAGUGUGGAUGAACUGAAAAGCACCGUUCGGCAGUUAUCUGGUAGUCUGUCCCAGGCAGCUAGCGGCGAUGACGAUACCGAAGUUACGGAGUACGCUUUGUUGGCGGACACCCUUGAAAGGCUGAGCGUGGUUUUGUAUGUACUCGCCGUCAUCAUAGCUAUCCCAUGUACGCUACUCAUUGGCCGCCCGAUGGUCACUCCUAACUAAAAUCCUGACAAUUUUACCGGACUAUGACACGUUCAUAUUGUUUUUUCAUAUGAUAUAAUGAGAAGAACAAUGUUUAGAUGACAUUUGGUUCUUAUUUUUUACUUUUGGGCUUCGGCAAAUUGAAACAAAUGGACUUAAAAUGCACACGUAUUUCGAAGUUUACAUGCAUUUAGAAGGAGAUCAGGAGUAGUAGAAUUUUAAAAUCUGAUUAAGAAAUCAUUUUAUGGUAUGAUUUUGAGACUUAAGUCUUAGAAGUUGUAGAAUUCAUUACGUAAUGUUGAAAAUAUGGAAUUGCAAUUUAAAUCACAAGAAAAAUUGCACAUCUGCAGUAAAAUGUUUGGUAUGUAGUUUAUAUACUUUAUAAAUUUAUACACUAACAUUUUGUUUAGUGUCACUGCUGAUUGAAUGAUACUAAACCAUUGCUAUGUAAAUGUUAUGUUACGUUACGUUAUGUUAUGUUAUUUAAAGCAAGGUUAUGUUAUGUUUUGUUAUU